AUGAAUUUUUCAUGUUUUGAUUCGACAAGACUCUUGACCUGUUUGUUUGAUAGCAUGUUCUUCUGGCACAACGAGUCCUUGAAUAUUUGGACACACGUCUUUGGAGCAAUUCUUUUCACAUUUCUCCUUAUAGAGCUCUUUCUCCUACCCGGGGUUGUGGUGUUUCAUUACCAUUUGUCGGCUCAAGACGCAGUUGUGCUAGCCAUUUAUCUCUUUUCAGCCAUUGUUUGCAUGGUACUUAGCAGCAUUUUCCAUCUUUUCUCUAGCUCAGACGAUGAGACGUACGAAAGAGUCUCGAAAGCUGACCAGAAUGGAAUCCUUGCGCUGAUGUUGGGGUCAAAUUUUCCCAUGAUCUACUAUGGUUUUUACACAUCCCUUCCUUUGCAAACAUUCUAUGCUGCUGGAAGUUUACUCAUCAUUCUAUUUGCAAGGAGCAGGAUCGUCAAGAUCGAACGUAGACUGACCUCUGCUCCUCAGAACCGAAGACUGGUCUUUUUCUUGCUUGUAUGCGGCUUUGGUUGGCUCCAAUUGCUGCAUGACCUCGCGAACAGAGGGGGGUUACAAUCGGCUGCUUGCCUCAAGGCUGCUUCUUUGUGGAUCAAGUCCUUCUGCGUCUACGGGCUGGGACUUUUCUUUUAUUGUAGCAAAGUGCCAGAGAGAAUUUUCCCGGGGAGGUUUGCGACGGUCGGUACGAGUCAUCAGCUGUGGCAUGUCUUCGUCGUCUUUGGGGCCUUUGUCCACCUUCAAUCCUGUAUCGAAUACGGGAUCCUGGCUGGGGCGAUAGUGGACCAAACGAGCAGGGCAUAA